UAUAUAUAUUCCAUGCAUUUUAUUACUUAUUCGACUUUGGUGGAAUGGUAGCUAUUGUAAGUAACCGUACCCAUAAUGACCGGAUAGGCCACACGUUCGUUAUCUAUAACCGUAGACGAAGCUCGUCGCCAGAGGGUGACAGUUUAUCAAAGACAAUUGAUUAAACGUGUAAUAAUUUUUCUAAGCUAUCCGGUUUCAGUGUCCCUCGCAUUUUUCUUUCGUAACGACUCCCUGCUGUGUGCAUCCCUGAUUUCUUUUUUUCUCGUUUUUGCCGUAUAUAAUAUAUUUCCGUUCUCGUGUUGGCUCGCGCCAAACGGAGCAGAGACAACAGAGAUUCAGCUUCUUUCAUUCGGUAAUUCUCUUUAUAGUCAAUUCACUAGUAAAAUGAGAAGUUUAGGGGACUCUUAUAUAUUCUUUUUUUUUUUUAUACCGAAAGUCAUGCCAAAAAGAUCCCUUCAAAAUAUAUUUUACUCGAGGAAGGACUAUACAAAUAUGUUAAAUUUGGUAAUCACGAGCCUUGUCAAGAGUCCAAUAGCAUUCUAUACUUUCGUUGGUUGUGUUACGCAGGGAUUAUGGCCGAUAAUCUAGAGGCCGCUGUAAACGUGUAAAUUCCGCAUUGUGGCUCCCGUGUAUAUAUUUGUGUUUCUGAGACUAACGUUAAGUGGCGCACUGUACCGAUUUGUGUGCUACAGACCAGCAGUUCGAAGAACUUUCUAAAGGAAGAGAUUUGGUAGGACCUGAUGAAUUUGUGUUGGACUGUGAUCAACAGGAAGAGCAAACAGAAAGUCCCGUGAUCGCUUUUUGUUUUCUUAUAAACGAUGGAUCUUAAUCCGAUUCAACUGGUGUUCCUAGCGAACAGCGUCUUUGUAGCCGGUGUUGGGAUUCUUAUACAUCUGAUCGAGCCCCACUUGCCUAUUUUACUCACUCGAACGUAUCGUUAUGGGAAAAGUUCCGUAAAACUCGAGCAACCAGUAGUCGCCAGAGUCGAAGUGCCAAAGAGAUGGUUUGCACACUUUUAUGCAUUUUCCGCGCCUGUCUCGACUAUCGUUUUGGCAUUGAUCGUCUACAGGUAUUUCUACAAUGGCAUCCCCCCGGAAAUCAUUUAUCAGACGCUCGAUAGAUUCUUCGAUAAAUCGAGAAAGCCACUAGUGCCAGCGGCAAAUACUCUUCUAGCCGGUGCGCUCUUAACUAUACAAUGCUCGAAGCGAUUUUACGAAAGCUAUUUUGUUAGCAUCUUCAGUGACGGCAAGAUGAAUCUGAUACAUUAUGCGGCAGGAUUUAUUCACUACGUCGGCGCUAUAACCUGCAUCAUCGGAGAGUCUGAGGGCUUCGUCAGAGGGUCGCAAGAUGUCACGAAAUUAACGCAACUGACACUACUGGACUAUGGCUCGGCAUUUGUUUUUCUCUGGUCCUGCUACAAGCAGCUUCGAUCGAAUUAUAUACUCGUGGCUUUGCGCAAGAACGAAAAAGGAGUAGUAGUAACCAAAGGCUACAAAGUUCCACACGGAGAACUUUUUGAGUAUAUAUCCGCGCCGCUACAAUUCACUGAAAUUCUCAUGUACGUCAGCCUGGACGUAAUCCUCUGGAAGAGUCGGAGUUAUCACUACGUGUUCUGGUGGGUUUUGAUAAAUCAGUGCGAGUGCGCGUUAACAAGUCAUAGAUGGUAUCAGAAAACUUUCAAAAAUUAUCCCAAGAAUCGAAAGGCCCUGAUACCACUGGUCCUCUAAAUGUCUUGCAAUUAGACUCGUAUGAGAGGGACAAAAGUUAUUUGCUGCUUGUUUCACAUUUUCAUAUUUUAUUUCAAUUUUAUUUUUAGAUGAUUGAUUCUUUAUACUUUCAAGUGUACCGUUUAUCGCUCCCACACAACAUAGUAAGAAACAGAGAUUGCCAUUGUCAUAUAUAUAAGAUAUGACAAUUGUUACAUAAUCGGAUUAAAUGGUAUAUCUCAUUA